GGUUGAAUUCACCACUUCAACUGAAGCUACGGUUCUUCAUUCUGAUAAAAUUUCCCCUGAGCUAAUGGAGCUUACACCUCGGCAACUGAUGGCAUACAAUGGCACCGACCGAUCAAAGCCCAUCUAUGUGGCUUUGAAGGGCUGCAUCUACGACGUCACAGCAGGCGCUUCCUUCUACGGUCCCGGUGGCCCCUACGCCAUGUUCGCCGGGAAGGACGCGAGCAGAGCUCUGGCCAAGAUGAGCAAGAACGAGGCGGACAUCAGCUUUUCGCUUGAAGGACUCUCUGAGAAAGAAAUGGGUGUUCUCAAUGACUGGGAGAAGAAAUUUCAAGCCAAGUACCCUAUUGUUGGCCGUGUUGUUUAAUUAUUUGUUUCGCUUUGUGGUCUCUGUUGUAAUUUCGUAUUGCUCAGAAGUCUUAACGUAAUGAAUAACCUAGCUCAAUUGCUA